AUUGCUGCAAGAGAAGCAUCAUAGAGAGAAUUUUUUCCUUCCUGUUCUGUUGCAGUGUUGCUGCAUUCUGGGAACAAUCUCCCGCUUGCCUCUGAUUUGUGCACAGAAUCCUUGAGAAUGAAACACCACCAUCUUCCUUUUUAUUUCAUUGCAUGGAAAACCACAGGAACUUACCAACAAGAACUUUGUUGUCUGACAAUCUAAGGGAAGACUUGGGUUUCCCUACAGGUUACCUGCAUUCUUUAAAAAGGAAUGUGGACCAUAAAUAAUGUGGUUUUUACAGCGGCACUGACAGGAAGGUGUGGAGAGAAAGAGAAAUUUGAUGCCAGGCUGAUAUCCAGAACAUGGAGAGUCAUUAGAAGACUCUAGGAGUGACGCAGAAAUAACAGCAUGUACUUGUUUUGUGCCUUACAUGUAUUCCUCUAUAUUUCUUGUCAGGAAGGCCUUAAAUCGUGAACUUUCUAAGUUUUUCAAUGAGAUGUGGGAUGCAGAUGUUCACCACCUUAGGCCUGGGAAAGACUACACAACUGAUGUGCAGGGAAAAGCAGGUCCAGCACAGCAAAGUGACAGCGCUGUCCAGGACAAUGCAGCCAGACAUCUGUUUCACAAUGUAAGCAGCCUGAGGAGCAUAAAUACUUUUGAAACCUUUAUUUCCUUAUUGAACAACUAUGAGGCAUCAACUGGUGUAGCAGAAGUAGUGACUCCAGAAGAAAUAGUUGAAAACAAUUGUUUCCUUGAUGCUAUCUUAGCAACAGAAGUCAUGAGACUAGCUCAUGAUCAUCUGCUGAAAAAAAACCUAGCAAGGCCAAACCUUGCUGAUUUCAAACAUCAGCUUUAUGACAUCUGGUUCCAGCUCUAUGCCAGGAAAGGAGGAGACAGGUCUGAUUCUUGUGGUUUUGAACAUGUUUUUGUUGGAGAAACAAGGCAUGGUAAAGAGAUCUUAAGUUUGCACAACUGGGUGCAAUUUUACCUUCAGGAAAAGCGCAAUCAGAUUGACUACAAGGGAUACGUAUCUCAGAAGAACAAAACCAGGCCUGAUAGAGAUGACCAAGUUUUGAGCAUCCAGUUCAGCUGGAAGGGUUCAGUCAAGCCAGUCAGAAGCACCUUUAUUUGUGUCAGCCUGGAGUUUGAAUUUGCCCUUUACACAGUCAUUUUCCUGCUGUCUGAAGAAAGAGUCACACAUGAAACAGUGAAGAUAGAUGAGUACAAGCUACAAAUGGUUGUCUAGUGCCACGGGCACCACAUUGGAACAGCAUAUCCAGUACUGCUCAGUUGUACCACAUAUUGGAACAGCAUAUCCAGUACUGCUCAGUUGUUCCACAUAUUGGAACAGCAUAUCCAGGACUUCUCAGCACCACUUGUGAAGAUUAGUGGAGUGAGCAGGAAACUUUGUUUUUUAAAUCAAGGGAAAGGAGGAGUGGUGGAGAGAGGAGGAAUAGAUGGGAGGUGGACAGGACCAGACAGCAAAGUUAAUAUGUUGUUUUAUACAACUAAUUUCAAGUGACUCAGUCUCUUUCGGUCUGCAAUG